CGUGGGGAGGCGGGAGUCGCUGCUCGGGUGUACGGGGGGCUCUCGGCCUUCAGAAAGAAGACGAGAAGUUCCGUAUCCUCCCGAUUUUCUGCUGGUGAGAGAAACAGAAGCGCGCCCUUCCCACAUCCUCUCCUGCAGGGUCAGCACGUCUCCGUGCUGCGCACCGGCUGUGCGAAGGGAGCGGGGCCUCCGUAGCGCCUGGCACCGCACUGUAGCUCCGGAGCGCUGCCUCUGAAAAGCCUGGCGAGCAAUUUUGCAGCCACCGUCCGACUCCCUCAACCUCCGCGACCGUUUUGCAGCUCCAGGAAGGGAAGAAAGCUUAUCUGUGACAGUGAUGGAUCCUUUAGAGAACAACUUGUUUGAUCUUCCUGAUUAUGAGAAUAUAGACGAUGAAACGUUCCCACCUCUUCCACCUCCAGCCUCUCCUGGAAAAGAUGAUGUUGAAUGGGCUCAAGCUAAUGCAGAAGCAGAUGGAAACCAGCAAUCACAAAGAAAAGAUUCAGCUGUAGCUACACGGAAAGCAGUUAAAAGACAGAUACCAAAACUAGAUGCCAAUAGGUUAAUUUCAGAAAGAGGACUUCCAGCACUAAGACAUAUGUUUGACAACGUAAAGUUCAAGGGUAAAGGGCAUGAGGCAGAGGACCUGAAGACACUCAUACAACACAUGGAACACUGGGCUCACAGACUCUUUCCAAAAUUGCAGUUUGAGGAUUUUAUUGACAGAGUGGAGACUUUGGGAAACAAAAAGGAAGUUCAGACCUGCCUCAAACGAAUUAGACUUGACCUUCCUAUUUUACAUGAAGACUUUGCAAAUGAGCAAGAUGGUGGAGGGGAAAGCAAUGGACUGGAUGCAACUGCUGAAGAUGAGCAUACAUGCUCUGGAAAUGCAGAGGAACUCAGCUCUCUGCCUGGUACGACCCUCACAGAAGAACAACAAGAGCGAAUCAAGAAGAACAGACAGCUGGCCUUGGAACGUCGGCAGGCAAAGCUGCAGUGCAACAGCCAGUCCCAGCACAAUGAACUCUUCACUGGUUUCUUAGAAAAGGAGUUUAACACCCCAGCUGAUCAGGACCCUGCUGACCUCAUCGAAGACCCUCAAGUUAGCACAGCCAUGGUUACUGUUACAGAAGCUGAGAAUGGAGAUACACACCUGGACUGUGUCAGUGAAAACCAGUAACCCCUCUCCCUAUUUGGAAUGACCUUGACCAAAAGACCUCAAUAUUUUUAAGUACUAUCAUUCUGUUGAAAUAUGGCUGGCUCUUAGUGCUUUGACUCCAGAAGCUUCAUAGCUUCACCUGUGAUAGCUGUAGUUGGAUAGAACUCUGCUUUUGAAGCUGCAGAUGAGCAACUCCAUGCAAGAGAAAACAGAGCAAAGUUCUUCAUCUGCAUUUGAGAUGUCUUUCCACCUCCCCACCCCCGUCCUUAAGGAAAUGUUAAUAUGUUCUUUUUUAAACCUACUUUGGGUUUUGUUUACAGAUGUCAGACUGCUUAACUGGGAUACUGACAGGUGAAGUUUCUAAUAAAGUUGUGUUUGGGUUUUUAA